AAAAUAUUCCCGGUACUAAUCCCACGGUAAAGAACCAGGAGGAGCAUGUCCGAUUCUGAGUACGAGGAGACAGAGUACCUAGUAUUCGGGGAUUUUAAAAACCACGUUCAGCCGUUCCAGCUGAACCACGAGGACGCGGCCAUUAAGGUCAUCGGAAUCGAGAGCGAUGCGCCCAUGGCGGAGGUGAAUGGCAGUAUCUACCGGGGACGCUACGAACAUUCCGUGGGAACCAACGUGUUCUUCGAGAAGGAGAAGGACAACCUGGCCAGCGAUCCGCUCUUUGAGUCCGUGUGUCGCCAGCGGUACCAGUACGUGGACAAGUCCUCCAAGGUGAUAUCCUUUGAGCGAGUCUACGUCGACAACUUGCACCAGGAGGCCGAGAAGUCUAGUAAAGCCGAGGAGGACGAACAGACGGAGGCCAAGCCGGAAUCGCUAAAGUUAAAUAUUACCUACAAGGAGGCGAUUAACAAGUUCGGAGAGGAGCAUUAGGUGGAGUGAGCUGAACGAAAUCCG